CCAUGUCCCCGACAUUGAAAGCCUGGCAGCCAGCGUUAGCGACCUCCCCGUCACCUGGUUCGUGUGGCUCGUAGCCCCAACCGCCUAGAUCAGCGGCUGCGCUCUGAUGGUCAUCUCGCAGAUGAGCGGGUUCAACGCGCUGAUGUACUACUCCUCUACACUGUUCGUGCUGGUCGGGCUCAACAACUCCACGGCCGUGGGGUUGGUCGUCGCGGGGACGAACUUCCUCAUGACCUGGGUGAAUCAGAUGGUUGUGGACGGGUUCGGGCGGCGACGGAUCCUUCUUUCAACGGUCUGGGGGAUGGCGGUGGGACUGGUCGCCGUCGCCGUGGCAUUCCACUACAUCCCAGUCGACCUGGAAACCAUGGAUCCGAUCAACCCGGGGGUGUCGGGGCCGGCGAUUGUUGUGCUGGUCUUUGUCAUCUGGUUUGUGGUUUUUUUGGCGUCUUGGUGGGAAAUCAGGCGUGGAUGAGCACGGAUUUCUUUACUCUGGAGGUCCGCGCCAUCGGCACUAUGUGGAUAACUUGUUCGAAUUCGGCAAGUAAUAUUAUUGUCUCGAGCACGU